GUGGAGAGGGAGAAGGGGUGAGUGGCAGAAACAAGAAACAGACCAUCUCUGACAAAAUAGCGGCAGUGGCUGGCGAGGGAGAGCUUGUGCUGCUGCAUCGCGCGCCCAGAAGUACACACGCACACACACACACACACACACACACACACACUUCGGAAAACGUCAUUUCAAUAGACUCGACUGGGCACCGACUCUACUUCACGCUGCAAUCGAGCAACCGCACAGGACGUAUGGGAGACAGCACCUAGAUUGUAAGGCCGGACAGAUACUCAAGGUUUCGGCCUGGGACGUUGACAGUGCAGCCACGGCUGCACCAGGACUGAAUGGUAAAGAGACCCGAGAAACGUGACAGCAAGAACGGCUUGUGAAUGAGACUGGAACAUGGCUUCUUCUCCUGACCCAGUCACUCCAGCAUCGAUUGAAGGAGCGACACCGUCGCCCACUGCGAAUGAAGAACCCACCACCAACACCCGUCAGUCGGACAGCAACACCAGCUUCUUACGAGCGGCAAGGGCGGGGAACAUCGACAAGGUUCUGGAGUACCUGAAGGGGGGAGUGGACAUAGGCACCUGUAAUCAGAAUGGGCUCAACGCGUUGCACCUGGCAGCUAAGGAGGGCCACGUGGAGCUGGUCCAGGAGCUGCUGGAGAGAGGCUCAGCUGUGGACUCGGCCACCAAGAAAGGGAACACAGCCCUCCACAUUGCCUCUCUGGCCGGACAGGCCGAGGUGGUGAAGAUACUGGUGAAGCGCGGCGCAGAAAUCAACUCUCAGUCUCAGAAUGGCUUCACCCCUCUGUACAUGGCUGCUCAGGAGAACCAUAUGGACGUGGUGCGUUACCUACUGGAGAAUGGAGGUAACCAGAGCACCGCUACAGAGGAUGGCUUCACCCCACUGGCCAUCGCGCUGCAGCAGGGCCACAACCAGGUGGUGUCUGUCCUGCUGGAGAACGACACCAAGGGCAAGGUGCGGCUGCCCGCCCUGCACAUCGCCGCCCGCAAGGACGACACCAAGUCUGCCGCGCUGCUCCUCCAGAACGACCACAACGCCGACGUGCAGUCCAAGAUGAUGGUCAAUAGGACUACGGAGAGUGGAUUCACGCCACUUCAUAUUGCUGCCCACUAUGGAAACGUGAACGUGGCCACACUACUGCUAAAUCGUGGGGCAGCUGUGGACUUUACAGCUAGGAAUGGGAUCACGCCCCUCCACGUGGCCUCUAAGCGUGGCAACGCUAACAUGGUGCGCCUCCUACUGGACAGGGGGUCUCAGAUCGACGCCAAGACUAGAGAUGGCCUCACACCUCUACAUUGCGCGGCCAGGAGUGGACAUGACCCUGCAGUGGAGCUACUGCUGGAGAGAGGAGCACCCAUGCUGGCCAGGACCAAGAACGGUCUGUCUCCUCUCCACAUGUCAGCUCAAGGCGACCAUGUUGAGUGCGUCAAGCACCUGCUGCAGCACAAGGCGCCCGUUGAUGAUGUCACACUGGACUACCUGACAGCGCUGCACGUCGCCGCCCACUGCGGUCACUACAGAGUCACCAAGCUGCUGCUGGACAAGAGGGCAAACCCCAACGCUAGAGCACUGAAUGGCUUCACCCCGCUGCACAUUGCCUGUAAGAAGAAUAGAGUGAAGGUGAUGGAGCUGCUGGUCAAGUAUGGAGCUUUCAUCCAGGCCAUCACAGAGUCUGGCCUGACUCCCAUCCACGUUGCAGCCUUCAUGGGUCACCUCAACAUUGUCCUGCUGCUGCUACAGAACGGCGCCUCGCCGGACGUCUGCAACAUUCGCGGGGAGACGGCCCUACACAUGGCAGCCAGGGCAGGACAGGUGGAGGCGGUUCGCUGCCUGCUGAGGAACGGCGCCCUGGUGGACGCCAGAGCCAGGGAGGACCAGACUCCCCUCCACAUCGCGUCUCGCCUGGGGAAGACUGAGAUAGUUCAGCUGCUACUGCAGCAUAUGGCCCACCCUGACGCCUCCACGACUAACGGAUACACACCCUUACACAUCUCAGCCAGGGAGGGACAGGUGGACGUGGCUUCAGUGCUGCUGGAGGCGGGCGCCUCACACUCGCUGGCUACCAAGAAAGGAUUCACUCCGCUGCAUGUGGCGUCCAAGUACGGAAGCCUGGAUGUGACCAAACUUCUCCUGCAGAAAAGAGCCCCUCCCGAUUCUGCUGGGAAGAAUGGCCUCACGCCUCUCCAUGUCGCUGCGCAUUACGAUAACCAGAAGGUGGCGCUCCUGCUUUUGGACAAAGGGGCCUCGCCCCACGCCACGGCCAAGAAUGGCUACACUCCCCUCCACAUUGCGGCGAAGAAGAACCAGAUGGACAUAGCGGUGGUGCUGCUGCAGUACGGGGCCGAGACCAACAUCCUGACCAAGCAGGGGGUCACCCCCCUACACCUGGCCUCACAGGAGGGACACGCUGACAUGGCCGCCCUGCUCAUGGAGAAGGGGACUCAAGUCAACGUCCCCACCAAGAGUGGCCUCACCCCACUCCAUCUGGCUGCCCAGGAGGACAAGGUGGCUGUGGGUGAGAUACUGGCUAAACAUGGAGCCAACCUGGACCAGCAAACUAAGUUGGGUUACACUCCUCUGAUCGUAGCGUGUCACUAUGGCAAUGCCAAGAUGGUCAACUUCCUCUUACAGAAUGGUGCUAGUGUCAAUGCCAAAACCAAGAAUGGAUACACUCCCCUCCACCAAGCAGCACAGCAAGGAAACACACACAUCAUCAAUCUACUGCUGCAGAAUGGAGCUAAGCCCAACAACAUCACUGCGAAUGGUAACACAGCUCUGGCCAUCGCCCGGCGACUUGGCUACAUCUCGGUGGUGGACACACUCAAGGUUGUCACCGAGGAGAUCAUUACCUCGACAACCACGGUGACAGAGAAACACAAGUUGAACGUCCCUGAGACUAUGACUGAAGUCCUAGAUGUCUCUGAUGAGGAGGGUGACGACACGAUGACAGGGGACGGAGGGGAGUACUUGAGGGCAGAGGACCUGAGGGAACUGGGAGAUGACUCCUUGCCUGGACAGUACAUGGAUGGGAUGAACUACCUGCGCUUCAGUCUGGAGGGGGGACGCUCUGACAGUCGAAUGCAAAGUUUGGACAGGUCCUACACUCCCAGUCACCACGGUUACUACUCUCCAAAACACGAAAGCAUGAUAGAGGAGAUGCUCACCAGCCACAACGUGUCGUCUCUUGCCAGGGAAAAUGAAAAGGACUCGUAUCGUCUGAGCUGGGGCACAGAAAAUCUGGACAAUGUGGCACUGUCCUCCAGCCCCAUCCACUCUGGCCAUUCCUCUCCGUGCCAUGAUCAUGGCGACAGCAGCUUCCUGGUUAGCUUCAUGGUGGAUGCCAGGGGAGGAGCCAUGCGGGGUUGCCGUCACAACGGCCUGCGCAUCAUUAUCCCGCCGCGGAAGUGCAGCGCGCCCACGCGGGUGACCUGCCGCCUGGUGAAGAGGCACCGCCUGGCCACCAUGCCCCCCAUGGUGGAAGGAGAGGGCCUGGCCAGCAGGCUGAUCGAGGUGGGGCCCGUCGGAGCCCAGUUCCUCGGUAAACUGCACCUUCCCACUGCCCCACCCCCUCUUAACGAGGGUGAGAGCCUCGUUAGCCGCAUCCUGCAGCUCGGGCCACCCGGGACAAAAUUCCUUGGGCCUGUAGUCGUGGAGAUCCCUCACUUCGCUGCCCUGAGGGGGAAGGAGAGGGAGCUGGUGAUCAUGAGGAGUGAGACAGGAGAGAGCUGGAAGGAGCACCACUGUGAACACACCGAGGAGGAGCUCAACCAGAUCCUCAACGGCAUGGACGAGGAACUGGACCCUCCAGAGGAGCUGGAGAAGAAGCGUAUCUGCCGCAUCAUCACCAGGGACUUCCCCCAGUACUUUGCGGUGGUGUCCCGGGUCAAACAGGACAGUAACCUGAUCGGUCCAGACGGGGGCAUUCUCAGCAGCACGGUGGUGCCUACGGUCCAGGCAGUCUUCCCAGAGGGAGCCCUCACCAAGAGGAUCAAAGUGGGACUACAGGCUCAGCCAAUGAACGUGGACGUGGUGAAGAAGCUCCUGGGGAACAAGGCUACAUUCAGCCCCAUCGUGACCCUGGAGCCCCGGAGGAGGAAGUUCCAUAAACCCAUAACCAUGACCAUCCCCAUCCCCAAGAGUAACACUGACCCAGUGGUCAAUGGCUUCGGAGGGGACCAGCCCACCCUGCGCCUGCUCUGUAGUAUCACAGGUGGAACGACGCCAGCCCAAUGGGAGGACAUUACAGGAACCACGCCCCUAACGUUCAUCAACGACUGUGUCUCCUUCACGACCAACGUAUCGGCCAGGUUCUGGCUGAUAGACUGUCGGCAGGUGCAGGAGUCAGUAAACUUCUCCAGCUCGGUCUACAGGGAGAUCAUCUGUGUCCCAUACAUGGCCAAGUUCGUCAUCUUCGCCAAGACCCAUGACCCCAUUGAAGCGCGGCUCCGCUGCUUCUGUAUGACUGACGACAAGAUGGACAAGACCCUCGAGCAACAGGAGAACUUCACAGAGGUGGCCAGGAGCAGAGACGUAGAGGUCCUGGAGGGCAAACCCAUCUAUGCAGACUGCUUUGGCAAUCUGGUCCCUCUCACCAAGAGUGGCCAGCACCAUCUCUUCAGCUUCUUUGCCUUCAAAGAGAACAGGCUGGCACUCUUCAUCAAGAUCCGAGACAACACUCAGGAUCCAUGUGGCCGUCUGUCCUUUAUGAAAGAACCCAGGUCUUAUAGAAGUCUGGCCCACAACGCCAUAUGCAACCUGAACAUCACACUACCAUCCUACUCAAAGGAAUCUGAUUCAGACCAAGAGGCUGAGGAAGAGAUCAGCAGGAAUCUCGAGAAAUAUGACGAAGACACUACGUCGACGGAGACUACGGUCCGGAAGGGAGAUUUGAUCCGAGAUUCUACGGCUCUGGCCAGUCCGGACCUCCUCUCCGAUGUGUCUGAGAUGAAACAAGACCUGAUCAAAAUGACCGCCAUCCUAACCACGGAUUCUACAGACAAAUCCAGAUCCAUGGAAGGGAGCGGUCUGGAAAAAGGGGCUGAUGAGGUUCAGGGCGAGCCGUUUGAAAUCAUGGAGAAGGUCAAAGAGGAUUUGGAGAAAGUGGGCAAGAUACUUAGGAGCGGAACAUAUGUUGGUGAGGUGGCAAAUGAGGCGGCAAGAGCUGCCAGAAUGAAAGAAGAGUGGGUCCUCCUCUCAGACUGUGAGAUAGAAGAGGCCAAACAUAUGGCUGCCUUGGAACCCCAGGAACCAGUACUACGUGAAGUCAGAGUCAACAGAGGGAUUCCCAGACCUAAAGCAAUCAAAGAUGUGUCUGGGAUGGUCAAACACCUGAGUGGUGAACUCAAAGAAUAUCUCCUGGAUGUACCCGAGGGCACCAGUACAACAGCCCAGGAGAAAGAGGUCCAAGAGAAAUUCACAGAGGUAGUCCUGCGCAAAGGCGCAAAAAGAACCAUGACAACAACAAAAACAACAACAACUACUACAACAACAAAGAAAGACAUCAAAAUUCCUGCUUUUGACCUACAAAAGCCAGUCAGGAGGAAAGGAAAGGACCAGGAACAGGUGGAAGAAUCUACCGAUGGGGAUGUUCUCCUUAGCGUACCCAAAGACCCUAAACCAGUGUCACCUGUGUCCCCAGUAGUAGAGGAGACCCCCAUUGGAUCCAUAAAAGACAAAGUCAAAGCUCUUCAGCAGAAAGUGGAGGCUGAGCGAAAGGGCCAAAAGCCAACUAGCACCAAACCUUCAAAUUUUGCUGUGGAGAGCAAAAUACCACAAAAGGCAAAAGAAACCAUCCCUAAACAAAGCCCCGCAAAACAGGGCACCGCUAAACAGGGUCCACUUAAGUCCCCCAAAACUGAGUCUGAGAAGCUGGAGGAGACCAUGUCAGUAAGGGAGCUCAUGCGAUCCUUCCAAAAGGGGCAGGACCCCUCAAAGAGAAAGUCUGGACUUUUCGAGCUCAAAACCGACUCUUCUGAGCAUGAAACAACAGAAUCAGAAUCACAGCCCACUCAGUCCAAAACAACCAUCAAAUCCAUAUCAACCUGUUACGAACGGGAAGUGUCACUGGACGCCAUACCUGGCAAGCACUACACAGAGAGAGACAAGCAAAUUAACCCACCCCGAAAGCACUCCAAAGAUGUUGGUGUUGAAAUCAAGGCAGAGCUUGAGGACAAUCCAGAGUACCAACAGUUUAGGCCGAUCUCUGUAGAUGGUAGUCCUGCUGCCCAGUCAUACUUAACUGAAACCAUAGAGUUUCCGAUUUCUGCCCUCGAUGAUAGCUCUGAUAGUUUAAAACAUGAGGGCGUGGCAGACUCUCCCAGUGCCAGCCUGGGUGAUUUUAGUCCUCCUCACCUGAGCUCAGAGGAUAGCCUCAAACACCAGGGUUUAGCAACUCCUGGAACAAGCCCUGACAGUCUCUCUCUCUCUCCCAAAAAUGCUGACCAGUCCACUAAAAACUCAACAGCUGUUACUAUAGCUGUCGAAGAUGACAAGAAAAGGAAGGAUAAGUCUGGAGACUCCGGUGUGGGGACCAUUGAUGACCAGCCAUCAAAUGAAAUAACCCUCCCUCUCUCUUCCAGCAAGGCUGCAGACGGCCACACCACAAGUGAGUCCAUAACUUUUCAGACGGUCGAGUCUAAGUCCUCUAAACCGAGAAAGCUUACAAAGAGAGUUUCUGAGACUUUAGAGAGCUUCCUAAGUGAUGAGGAGAGCCCUGAUGACAAGCUAGUCUCAGCCUUAGCUGCAACCAUUGCUUCUAGUGCCUCUACUGAGCAUCAAGGAAGCUUAGAAUUGCCUUUAAGACAGCAAGACUCGGACGCCCUCAGUCCUUUUGCCGACGACUCUUUGACCAUAAGCCACAGAGACUCUCUAGACGAAGGUAGUCCCCUCAUGGAAGACAACUCUUCCCAUAGGACCCCAGACUCUAUCGAGCCCAGCCCAACAAAGGAAUCCCCUUGUCGUGACUCCUUAGAGAGCAGCCCGGUAGAGCAAAAAAACUUCCCUCCCGCUCAGCCCAGUGGGUCCUCUAGCCACCCAGAGCCCUCCAAAGCCACAGACUACCCCCCAGACGUGUUGCGUAGUAGGCUACUCAGGGACCAGGAGGCUAGUGCUAAUGAUGAUGACAGUAUCGAGCAGACAUUGUCUCAGAUGGAAAGCUCUGGUAAGAGUCCUCUCUCCCCCGACACCCCUAGUUCUGAAGAGGUAAGUUAUGAGGUAAACCCUAAAACCCCCGACAACAUGUUCCUAUCUGUGGUGUCCACACCAGCUGUCAUAAACGAAGACUCAGGGGAAGAUGAUGAUGAGUCAGAAGCACAGAGGAAAUUCACUCCAGAGGAAGAGAUGUUCAAAAUGGCAGCCAAAAUAAAAACCUUUGAGGAAAUGGACCAGGACGCCAGAACCAAAGAGAACUCUCGAAAAUAUAUCAGUGCCUCAGCAGAUGACGAAGCAGGGGACGAUAGCUUCAAAACAGUUGAACUAGAGUCCACAAAUGAGACUGAGCUCACUGGGGCCAAAGAGACCUCAGAGUUAGCUCUUUCUGCUGAAUCCCUUAUUAAAGUACAACCUCCCUCUCCUUUUUCAGCAGGUGUGCAUGAAGGAGUCCACCACACAGAGGCCAAGAGUGUAGCUACAACGGCAGCAGUGGAGGGAACUCAGUCUGUCUCAGAGCAACAUGUCUCACAAUCAGUUCCUUCGCACAAAGACAUGGAUGACAAAGACAGUUUAGCUCAAAUGGCUACCAUGUCUUCGAGCUCUGAGGGGGCUGCAAACAUAACCGACGAGCAGAAGGAGGAAAGCUUGAGGAACUCGAGGGGAAGCAAGGAGGAUGAUGGGGGAGAGAAAGAAGCAGAUACAGGCAGUCUGCGGACAUCUGCUGUAAAGGCUUCCUGCCAGGUAGAGAGUAAUAUAACUGAUGAAGUGAAAGGAGAUUACAGGGGGCACUCAGGAGCCCCUGAGGCAGAAACGUCCUCGACCAUCAUUAUCAGACAAGCAAGGGAAACGUUCAAACCUCAGAUCUGUAUCUAUGACGACACAGAGGAAGACGAUGAGGAAGAGGAACCUCCCAGAACCAAGUCGAAGGGCGUGACCGCCAGCGCGGAGGCAGACCCCUGGAGCGCCAUGCGUGAGGACGACGACGCUUUCGCGGCCCGUGUCAAAGAGGAAGAGCAGAAGAUCCUGGGUCUGAUGGUGGACCGGCAUUCCCAGGGGGAAACCCCAGACACCACCCCAGGAAGGAGCCCCACAGAGGAGAGCACGCCAACCAGCGAGCCCAAUCCUUUCCUCUUCCAAGAGGGGAAGCUCUUCGAGAUGACCCGGAGCGGAGCUAUUGACAUGACCAAACGGACCUAUGAGGACGAGGGCUUUGCCUUCUUCCAGAUAGGAGAGCAGCCUCUAGAGGAGGCGCUGUCUGAACAGGUCAGAGAAGAGCCAGGAGAUAGAGGAGCUCCAUUAGAAAGUGAAGUGGGUCUCAACCUGACUCUAGAAAUAAAAGUGGAGGAAGAUGAGAAACACGCAAAAGAUGCUCCAGAGGACGAUCAGACAGUUAGCGGGGCUGUAGCAGCCUCGCCUUCUAAAUCAGACGCCUCUAAAUCUAGAAUCCCUAGAAUGGGUCUUUCUGCCUCUGCUAAGACCACUAAGAAAGACAAAGACUCAGUAUCUCCUGAGGCUUUAGAAGUUAAACCAGAUACAAUUGUAGAGGAGACCCCCCUAGAUGUAGAAAAUAGUUAUUUAGACCCAAUGAUAGCUAAUGUUGAGACAGCAGUAACAACUGUCACUCGAUCGGUGUACCCUGAACAGGACCAAGAGUCCUCUGACUCCUCUCCCGAGGAGCAGCAUUCGGUUAUAGAACUCCCCAAAACCAUGGAAAAGAUCUCAACCCCAACUUCUAGUGAAAAAGUGAAAAAGAUCCCAACUAAAACCCCAGCUAUGGCUCCAGCCAAGGCUGGCCCCCAAAGUCGAGCUAAAACUUCUUCCUCCUCUACAUCCCCCUAUUCAGCUACUCCUAAAAAAGAAACCCCCUCUACAGAGUCAAAAUCAAGAAUACCUGUCAAAGGCAAGGCUAACCCUGUCAAGCCUGAGCCAUCAGUUAAACAUACUGAGUCUUCCCAGGACACAAAGCUAAAGUUCCCAGUUAAAAAGGACUUGAGGAGAAAGUCUGAGACAGAUGCAGGUCUCUCAGCAGUUACCAAAACCAAGACUUCGUCUUCCAAAGCCAAGAGCUUCUGUGAGGGAGACGAGACAUCUGCUGAAAAGGGCCAGGUUCGUCCCAUGAGCGCUGAUUACUCCACCAAGCCAAAGUCAUGCUUCGGCUUCCAAUCCAGGCUGCCAGUUAGAGGCAAGCUUGGUCAGCCAUCCCACACUUCCACCCCCGCCAAAAAGAAAAGCGAGCCACGCAAGAAGUCCAUAGAGUUUGUUAAUGAGAUUAGUGACGAAGCGGCAAAGCUGGUUGAGAGAUUGGCUCAGGCCGAGAAAGACAAAGAGCGUGAGGCUGCCACCGCUGCCAUCUCGGAUGACGAGAGCAGCGGCAUAGACCCCUCCGCCAUAGAGAGAGAGUCUUUUCCCGAAAUGCACUUCCCUACUUCCGGAGAUGUCUAUCCCAUUAGACCCCUGUGGGACGACCCUGUUGACACGCAGAUGCAACGAAUUCCCAACGAUACAAUCAGAAGACAAGUAGAUCCACAGGAUGAAGCUGAGAGAAAAGAGGAACGAUUGGAAAUAAUAGCCGAUCACCUGGGCUUCAGUUGGACGGAGCUGGCUCGAGAGCUGGAGUUCAGCGAGGAAAGGAUCAAUCUAAUAAGGAUUGAGAAUCCGAACUCACUACAGGACCAAAGCCAUGCCCUGCUGAAGCUCUGGACUAACAGGGAUGGCAAACAUGCUACAGAAACUACAUUGAUCAAACGACUCACCAAGAUCAACAGGAUGGACAUUGUUCACCUCAUCGAAACCAAGAUAAUCAAGUCCACCCAGCAGGACACAUCGUCCCACACCUAUGCGGAGAUUGAGAGGACCAUUGCACUGGAUCACAGUGAAGGUUUUUCUGCCCUCCAUGAGGACAUAGACAGUCCCCGGCCAGGCAGGCGUACAGGUGGCACCCCCAGUGGGCCAGGGUCCAGGCAGGGGCCCUUCAUGGUGUCAGAGGAGGACCUCUCCUCCAGCAUGUCAUCACUGCACGAGACGUCAGGGCGGGUGGAGACAGACACAUCAGUAACAGGCCUCCUGAGACACGCCCAGAAGGAGAAGCUACAGAAAGAGGGCGAAACGACACAUUCUGUGGGCGGUACAUCACAGAGUGGAUCAGACAAGGCUGAGUCACUACACAUGGGCACUUUUAAACAAGCGGAUGAUCUGCCAGACAUCCCUCCGCAAACAGUGACAGAGGAACAGUACAUGGAUGAGCAUGGAAACCUGGUAGUCAAGAAGAUCACGCGGAAGGUGAUCCGUAAGUACUUCUCUCCAGACGGCGUGGAGAGAGAGGAGGUGACGGUGGAGGGAUCUCACCAGGAGAUGGUCAGUGUGGAGGAAGGAGACGGCUUCUCCAAGGUAGUGAAGAGGACUGUGGUCCGGAGCGAGGGAGAUCAGACCGAGUUGACCUUCUUGGAGCCCUUGGCCCUGGGGGCCACCACGGCCUCGGAUUUUGAGUCAGAGCAGGUGCAGGGCCGAAAGGUCAGCAAGGUGGUCAAGACGACGGUGGUGAGGGGCGAGAGGAUGGAGAAGCAGACGGGUGACUCAACGCUGGCCGCAGACCUCCCCUCGGCCAAGGAGGACUUUGAGAAGGCGUUGAGUUAUGCUGGAGGCUUUGGAAAAAUCCAACUUCCUCAUUUAGUAGAGAAAGAGGUUGUGAAGGACGACGGUUCUGUGGUCAAAAGAACCCAGAUGCGUAAGUCUCGUACCCAGAAGAGGACUGUGGUGAAAGACGCCCAGGGUAAGCAUGUGCUCCUGGAGCGGCUGGACGACACCCCAGAGACCCUGCAACCCGAUGCCCUUCGGCAACACCUGCACCUGCUGCUCCAACGCUAUUGUGCCAAGGAGGAGGAGGAAGGAGAGAAAGAGGAGGAGAAGAGAAAGAAGAAGUGAUGGGCUGAUUUGAUUUGCUGGCUGAGUUGUUCUUCUUCCCUUUUGGCCCUGCCCCCCCAUGCUACCAUAAGCCCCCUAUCCACAAAAAGCCUAUGAAGUCUUGUAAGCUCACCCCUGAUCUUUACCUUCCACACAGACAUCUCCCGCUAAAGACACUGGAUUGCAUUUUUGUUUUGUUUUUUGUUUUUUCCCUUUUGUGGCAAAUAAUGGAACACUUUUUGUUUUUGUUAUUUGUGCUUUCACUUUUUUUUUGGUUGUUUUCCUUUUGACUUUUCCUGUUUUAUUUGUUAAUUUUGUGACCAAAGAUAGUAUCCCCUUUCUCGUCAGGUUACUUAGAAUAAUAUUUGGUUGUUAUCCUUUUUUGGGGGGAGGGGGGGCUCUUCUAGUUUUUUGCUGCUGUGGUACAAUAAGCAACUACGCAAACAAAAUGCAACAAAAAGAAAACAAAAAGGGAAAACGAAUAAAGAGGGGGCACCUCUGACAUUCGCCUCAUGCACAGUCAUCUUCCUAAAGGAACGAUUGUAAACAUUUGUAAAUAAAGGAGAAGAAACAUGCUCGGACUGGGAGAAAACGAAACAAACAGCAAUUCAAAAGCAUUUAUUAAAUUUCCCCCCCACGGUACAUGCCGUACACGUACGUGCACCAAUCAAAAUCACUCUUCUGCUGUGAGGUGAAGGGUCAUAACAAAGUUGAUCCUUUUCGCCCCACUAGGAGUCACUUGUCACAAAGAGUUUUGGAAAGAUACUGUAAAAAUGGAGGAAAUUCCAUAUUCUUUCAUCAAGGACAAAUACGUGAUCUGAACCAACAUUUUACUGAAGCAAAUCAACCUCACAUAACCCUGCACUACAGUUCUGUAGUGCUGCGCGAUUAAACAAAAUGUUGGUUAUUUUUUGUAUUAUAAACAACUAUUUGACUGUCGGUUCAAUUAUUUGAAUUCCAUUUAGUUUGGGUUUUGUCUGAGCUCAGUGUGCACAUUGCGCUGUAAUUUCUCUUGCAAUAAAUCAGAUCAUGCCUGAACUGUGCGAUGUAGUAGGGAGUUGUAGUUUCCAACAGGCCAACAUUCUUUCUAGUUUAGCAACGAAAACGUGAUAAUUAACUACAAUGACCAUAAUCCAUUGCACGGCUACUUGCCCGUUCUUCCGAUACACAGAGAGCAGUUUCUUCACAAGGUAUCUCUACCUGAAAAUACCUGAUGUAAGUGAUUAAUACAGUAGUUGGUAUUCAGCAGUCAUAAAAGUAUGCCUUAUUUACUUUGAAGAACUACUAAAAUAGUGAUUUUGUCAGACAGAGAGAGAGAGAGAUGAUGACUUGGAAUGAAAUAAUAAAGUCAUCAAAUAAAACUAAUGUAAUAUACGCAACAAGUGAAAUAGUUUAUUAAAGCGUCAAUCAGCAGUAGAAACAAUUACAAAGUGUGUCCUCCCCAACCCUGUUUUGGUAAGAAGCUGAGGGAUGGGGCUGGAAAAAUGUAACCUCUCUCAAAUGCAUAGAUAGAAUUAUGGAUUCAAUAACUGACCAUCCAUGAUAAACAAAAAUUUUUCACCAUGUUUUGAGGCUAUAUAGUGCUUGUUUAAAUUUACAUUGUUUACAAACGUUGGAGUAAAACAAGCUUACAUUUUGGGUUCUGAUAAGGUACGACAGUUGAACUAAGCUCAUGAGACAUUUAUAAGUUAUUAUUCUUCAAGAAUCAUUGGGUACAUAUCACUCAUUUAUAAUUCCAAAAAUGAUUAUUGCCCCUUUAAAAGUAAAGUAACCUGAGAAACUGAUGGCUAAUAAGUGAUAAGCUGUAAUGGGCAGUCACUACCGUCACGGGACAUUCUUAAAUGGUUUUAUUCCGUGUUGUUGCAGCAUUCAAACCACAUGAUGCAUAGUGCAUUUAAUGUUACAAAAUGUAAAUUGAUAAUCGAACCGAAACGACCUCAGAAUGCAAUAAUCGCUCAGCACUACAGUUCUGUUUUACAAAGGUAGCUCAAGCUGUUUUACGUGUGCGAUAUGUCGGCUUUUUUUUGGACCGGUCCUUUGACCACACACUUUCAGCCCCCGCUCCCAUGUACUGUCAUUGUGCAUAUUUUCCUUCACACUAUAUCUAUCCCUCUCUGUUUCUGGCUUUCUGAUGUGUUCCUUCUGAGCAGCGCAUCAAGACUGCUGCCACCUCUGUGCGUGUGAACGCAUGCGAGUGUGUGUUAGUCCAUAGAAUCCUCACUGACAUUGUGACCGGCCAUUUGCGAUCCGGAAUGUUCUCGUUUCUUGUCUUUCAUGUAUGAGCACUUAUCCGAAAUGACUGCACCUAUGGGUCAGAAAACUAGGUACGUCUCCCCCCCCCCCAAGCUUCAAUCGUGUUUGACAUCUCACCCCCUGUUCAUUUUACCCCAGUGGUACAUUACUCAUAUGAAUGUCUACAGUAGCUUUGAUUAAGCCUGUUAAGAUUUUACAAGUGAGGAUGGGGACAGAGAGAAACACCACAGAGACAGUGUUUUUGUUUUAUUUGCUGUUGAUUUCUUCUGUCGGUAUCAAAUGGUAUCAAAUAAAUGGUGAUAAUCUCAAAAGAUUGGCACAUCUUGAUUUUGACAGAUUACUUUUGGUCUGAUCUGUGAUGGUACCGUGGAGAUGGAAUAUCCUUUAUGUAAAAAAAAAAAUUGGCUUUGUUUAAUUUUGAUCAGUAGAUAAACCCAAUAGAUAUGCUCUGAAUAUUGCUAGAGCCUUUUCAAAUGCAUUCUCUCACUCAGUGGAGUUUUCCUUAUUUAAUCUUGUCUGAGGGCAGCUAUGUGAUUGGUUGGAAGGCCUGGGGGAAGAGCUUGUGACAGGCGAGCGUCAAGUAAGAAAAGUUAGGGAGGUAAGUCAGCAGAUGGAUAGAUGGACAAAUGUUAAACGCAGGUUGCGACACUCAAGGUCCCUGGUUUGAAUCCCCAUGCCUUGUUUUCUAACCUUACAUUUGAAAGUUUCUAACCUUUCGAAACUAACUUUCUUAUUUUACUUUCUAAUGUUAACCUCACAUUUCUUGCCUGAUAAUGUAUUUUGACUGGUGAGAUUGAGGGUUGGUGUCUUGGCGGCAGAGGAUGUAAAAGCCUAAACUUACUGCCCUCAGAAAAAGAUCCACUGUAAAAUACCCCCCAUGCAAUAUCAAUAUGAAUUUGGCUCCCCACAGACUGAUCAGUUUUCUGGAGAUUACAUCUUUGUGUAUUUUCAUUUUGAUUCAGACUUUGAUUUCUAUAUUUAUUUAUUGACUUCCAUCCGUGCUCAUCCUCUCCUCGACUUUGCGGAGCCGUGAGUGUUUUAUGCGUGCGUUGGUGUGAGUGCGAUUUGAAGAUGCGAGUUGAGAUGAAACAAGGGAAUUGCAAUUUCAACUCUUUGACCGAUAAGUUGCCGGUGUACACAAGGCUUCACUGAAAUUCUGAAAUGGUCUGGAAACCAUGACUGAAACAAAUACAGAACCGACAUGGAUGUACUGUAAUCCUGGGCUGGCUGAAAUCAUUGUUGGUGUCAUUUGCAGUACGAACUAUAUCUAUGUAACAAUAUUACGGUUCCUCACUUUGUCAAUUUACUUUUUGUGAGAAAAAGUGAGAAAUAAAUUAAACAAAAGAAAUCUGUCAAACGUACCUUUGAUUAGACGAAUCCGCAUCUUGUUUCCAUGGUGAUACUAUUAUACAUAUAUAUAUAUAAAUAUCUGAGGGCAUGUAUUAGUUAUAAAGGAAGAAAAAAAACAGAAUUGCUAACAUGGCAUAGCAGCUACAGUCUGUACGUGGCAGAAAAUAAAAUUGUACAUGUGUCAAAUGUG